AUGGAAAAUGGCAAAAGAUCUCCAUUGAAGCCAUGGAAGAAAGGCCCGACAAGAGGCAAAGGUGGCCCUCAGAACGCCUCGUGCGAGUACCGAGGCGUUCGACAAAGAACUUGGGGCAAAUGGGUGGCUGAAAUAAGAGAGCCUAAGAAGAGAACUAGACUCUGGUUAGGCUCUUUUGCCACAGCUGAGGAGGCUGCCAUGGCUUAUGAUGAGGCUGCAAGGAGAUUGUAUGGGCCAGAUGCUUAUCUCAAUCUUCCCCAUCUUCAACCCAACUCCAAUCCUCUAAUCAAAUCUCACAAGUUCAAAUGGUUUCCUUCCAAGAAUUUCAUUUCCAUGUUUCCUUCUUGUGGGUUACUCAAUAUCAAUGCCCAACCUAGUGUUCAUGUCAUUCAUCAGAGGCUUCAAGAACUUAAGCAAAAUGGCGUUCAUGGCCAAACCCCCUCUUCCAGUACAUCUUCAGUCCAGACCAUGAGUGACAAAACCCAUGUGGAAAAUCCAGCAGUGAAGGAGAAAGAUGCAGAAAUUUCAUCAGACAAGAUGCUGGGAGCUUGUGAGGAGAAACCACAGAUUGAUCUCAAUGAGUUUCUUCAGCAGCUGGGUAUACUGAAGGAGGAGAGACAGUCCGACUCAGAAGCAACCGAUGUCGCAGGAAGCUUUGUGGCGCCGGAUGCUUCGUUGAACAAUUAUGGUGAUGAACUCGGGGCCUUUGCUGACAAGGCUUUCAAUUGGGAUACACUGAUCGAGAUGCAUGGGAUUGCAGAUCAAGGAGAAGAAGCCAGUAACCUCCAAGUUUAUGAUUUUAAUGAAGAGCUGAGUUUCCCUACUUCCAUUUGGGAUUUCUGAAGAGGAUCAGCUGAUUUUGGAAGGAAUAGGAUUUAGCUUCAGUUGAGAUGAGAAUUAGUUAGAUAUAGGCAAAUCUAUUACCACUCAGGCUAUGCUAUAGUUCAGUUUGGCUUGAAAUCUACUGCUAGUUCAUCAUUUUUAUGUUAGUAGCAUUUCCAUCAGUUUUUCUUUGACUACGAGAGAGACAAAGAGAGAGAAAGAGAGGCCUUUUGUUCUUAGGCAAUGGUUUAU